AUGAAGUUUGUGUCCUCUACUGACAAUAGGUUCCAGCAGACGGAUAGUGCACUUAGAAAUCAGCAGGCCUCCAUCCAGAAUUUGGAGACUCAAAUAGGUCAGAUUUCUAGGAUGUUGGUUGAGAGGCAGCCAGGGACUCUGCCUAGCACUACAGAGUCCAAUCCGAGGGAGCAUGUGAACAUAAUCAUGUUGCAGUCAGAUUCAAGCAGGGAAGUUGAAGCUACCAAGGCGAAGGAAGAGGCAAAUGAGAUUUCACUGAGGAAAUACCAACCCAAAAUUAUGUACCCUGCUAGAUUAAAGCAAGCGCAAGUCGAGCAGCAGUUUGGUGAAUUUCUGGAUAUUUUUAAACAACUGCAUGUAAACUUACCUUUUGUUAAAGUUAUUUCGGAGAUGUCUGGGUAUGCAAAGUUCUUAAAGGAGAUUCUUAGCAAUAAAAGGAAGUUUGAGGACUUGGCGUGUGUGACACUAAACGAGGAAUGUUCGACGAUUUUCCAGAACAACUUACCCGAAAAGCGACAUUAUACAGGGAGUUUUACUAUUCCUUAUGUUAUAGGUAACUUAUUUGUUAAUGAUGCUUUAGCUGAUUUGGGGGCUAGCAUUAAUGUAAUGCCGUACAACCUAUUUGUAAAGUUAGGGCUGGGAGAAACCAAACCCACUAGGAUGAGUAUACAAUUAACUGAUAGAUAUGUUAAGUAUCCUAGGGGUAUUAUAGAGAAUGUGCUUAUAAAAGUAAAUAAAUUUAUAUUCCCUGUCGAUUUUGUGAUCUUAGACAUGGACGAUGAGAGCAGUGUACCUUUAAUUCUAGGAAGACCUUUUCUUGCAACAUCUAGAGCAAUGAUAGAUGUUUGUGAUGGGAAGUUAAAACUUAGGGUAGGGGAUGAGACUGUCACCUUUGACUUACAUAAUUCCAUAAGCCAGUCUUUAGAUCAUAAUAAUAUUAUGUAUAUGGAAUUAUUAGUUGAAGACCCCUUACAAGUCACUUUGCCAAGAGGAGAUAAGCAUGAACUGAUAUGUGUGCAGAAGUUGAGGCCAUCACUUGAGGAACCAUUGGUCCUCAAUUUAAAAGAGCUUCCACAGCGUCUUGACUAUGCGCAUGUGGAUGAGGAUAACGGGCUGCAUGUCACUCCAGUAGCAGACUUGACACUCGAGGUGAGGGAAAUGACAUUACCCUCUUGA